AUGUCUAUUUUGUCAGGUGUUGCACUGGUCAUCGGAGCAGGCUCUGACGACGGCAGCGCUGUUGCUCACUUACUGGUAAAGAGUGGCUGUCGCAGACUGAUCCUGGGUGACCGGGAUGUUUCAGCGCUCGAGAAGGUAGUGGGCGAAUGUCGUAACUUGGGAGAUGCCAGUUUACGAAUCAUCAGCGAGAGAUGUAAUACGAAUGAACCCUCCGAUAUCGACCGGCUCAUUGCGGCAGGAGUCAAAGAAUUUGGCGAAAUAAAUUGCUGCGCGAACUGUGAGAGACCGAGGGGCAUUGAAGGCAGGACAACGGAGACGCCACGUACACAUUUCGUCCAGGACACCGAGGUUUGGCAGAGAGGAAUCUGGCUGGCGAUGAGAGCAGAGAUCCGUCAGUUUUUGGCCCAGAAGGAGCAGGGAAACCUCAGUCUAUGCAACAUAGUGAACGUGGCCGCCGCUCAUGGAUUCGCGAGCGACAGAGGUUUUCCAGGAUAUUGUGCUGCGGCACACGGAAUUGUGGGGAUGACGAGGGCAACGGCCAUGGACUAUUUGGCCAAGGCUAUUCGUGUCAAUUGCGUCUGUCCAGGCCCCGUGGAGCCUAUUGACAGCGAUGCUAUCUCCGCAAAGGGCUCAUUACCGCCGGCACCGAUAGGGCGGUAUAUUACUACCGCAGAAGUGGCUCAGGCUGUGGUCUUCCUUCUUGGGGAUGGCGCGGCUGCUAUCACGGGCAUUGAGUUACCGGUGGAUGGCGGGUGGUCACUAUACCAUCAUUGA